UUUGGCUACCUAAAUCAGUUAGCUCACUGUAGCUAACGUCAUUAAUGCUAACAGUUACACUGUAGUGUGUGUUACUGUUGUCAUUUUUAGACGGUUCUCCUGAAUAUGUAAGCUAUUUCACGUCGUUUAAAUAAACUUCCUCUAUGACCUAGAUGUUUUUAUAACAUAUAUAGUAAUGGAGUUGGAACAACCAAAGGAAGACUGUGCUCCAACUCAUACAACACCCACAUCUUCCACUCAGUCAAAGAGGCCGAGUCAGGCUCUGUAUGUUCCCAAACAGCGACUUCAUGGCUCCAAAGACAAAUCUCAGACUCAGGGAGAAGUUAAAGCAAGACCCAAGCCUCGGUACACAGACAAGGCACGAAAGAAUGCUAAGAACAAAAAGGACAAAGCUGGAGGAGCUGACGAGACAGCACCUGAUGGAGGAGGGCUUGCUGGUGAUUUACAGAACAGUGACUGCAAGUCUGAUGUGAAGGAAGAGCAGCUGCAAGAUGCAGAGGUGUUGGCUAAUGGGCAGCCUGAGUUGACUGAUGUGGAGGCAGAUGUUACCUCACGGCUUAAAGCAACAUUGCCUCAGGAAGAAAAGGGGGAAGAGGAGAGUUGGGACACCUUGUUCAAUGAUGAUGGAGAUUGUCUGGAUCCUCACCUUCUUGAAGAGCUGGCUUUGAAGGAAGGCAGGAAGAAGAAGUCCGUCCAGGAGCCCAGGUUUGAUUACUACAACAUGGACCGAGAUGAUGAUGAUGAUGACGACGACGACGACAUCGACCUCAGAGAGGAUGAACUCUCUCAUAUUGUGGAGAUUUAUGACUUCCCUACUGAGUUUAAGACAGAGGACCUUCUCAAACUAUUUCAGUGCUAUCAACAGAGAGGCUUUGACAUUAAGUGGAUUGAUGACGCACAUGCCCUGGGCCUUUUCUCAAGCCCCAUAGCAGCUCGUGAAGCUUUAAGAUCCAAACAUCCACUAAUGAAGUUGCGACCACUCUCCAAAUCCUCCUCCGCCACAAAGGCUAUAGCCCGUAGCAGCUCAGACUACCUCCUGCCUGCUAAAGAGAGACCUCAAACAAGUGCGGCACUGGCUCGCAAGCUUGUGAUCGGUGCCCUCGGUGUAAAGAGCAACCUGACUAAAGAGCAGCGUGAGGCAGAGAGGAAGAAACUCCAGGAGGCAAGAGAACAAAAGCGCCUGGCAGCCAAACAGAGGGAAGAUGCUUGGGAGGGAAAGUGAUGGGACAGACACCCCAAGGUCUUUUAAAGACUUUUGUUGUUCAUCUUGUGCUCUGUUUUUCUUGACUGGCUACCACACUUCCCAGAAGGGGAUUCCCACCGGUUCUUUUUUCUUCCUGCCACAGUCCUUCACUGACUGCUACUGAACAUUUGACCACUCACUGUCUGUUAUCCUGCGGUGUUACAGAUGAGUGCAGCCUACCACCGUUUCCUCACCAUUAUCUUCAUGCUUUGUUUGCCCAGGGACCCUUCUUUCACCUGGACUUGCCUUCAAAUCUAUAGUGAACACAGGGUCUAAUCACUUGUAAAGGGUUACUAUUUCAUUGAAAGAAACAUUUUCUGUUGAGAUCUAAUAUCAUGGCUGUUGUCUUUGUUAAAGCCUCUCUUUAUCUCUUUGUGUUGCGUGGUCAUCUGUGCACAUGGUCAGUUAGAGGAGUCUUGUGGUAAUGGUGAUGAUAAUGUUGUCCAAGUUUUUAGUGGACAUACUGAUUUUUGUCCUCAUGUUUUGAGUCAUUUGCAGUUAAAGAACAUGUAUUUGGGUUUGUUUUGGGGGACACACCUUGGAGUGGUCCUACUUUAUGUACCAGUAUUUGGUACAUGUUCUGUCCAUGUCUAUUUAUUCUACCAAUUGUAUUUUAGUUACAUUUGCUCUUUAACAAGUGUACUUUUCCCUUUUCAUCACAUUUGAUGCUAGUACAUUUGAAACUAUAUCCUGACAAGUCAGUAGUGUGGGGUCUAGUUAAAAGGCUACACCGUCACAGAUGGAGCUGUUAAAGAGAUACUAUAUUUCAGCUGCAUACAUUUUAAUUUGUCAUAGUGUCUUAUUUUAGUGAAAUAACCUGUUGAAUAAGUAAAGAGAAUUAACAUAAGGCACAAUCUCAACCACUUCAGUUGUAGUGAUAUUGUCAUUCCAGUAUUUCAUCUAUUGUCUAAGUAAAUAGUGCAACACUGGGUUUACCACAACUCUUUCAAACUGCUUAAAAUAAGAACAAUUUUGGUCAUUCUCACAGGCUGUUUUUUCAUUCCUGGAAAGUUGAGAUUUUGGACUUUAUGAAGGUUCUUUUUUGAGAAAGACAAAGUUUUUUUUAAUGCAACUUAUCAUUGAAUUUAGUUCUGCAAAUCAGAGUCAGCUUUCAUUAAUUCACUGCUACCUUCCUUAGACUCGCAUGUUCAGACUGCAGACUCUGGAGCUUUGUUUUUGUACAACUGGAGGCAGCUGCACCCUGAGGCUUCACCCAGCCGACCACACAGUGGCACUGCAUUGCAUUCACCCUCUCAACCAAUAAUUGAAUCUUCUUCUCCCAGAUAGCAGAAAGAGCUGCAAACUUGUCAUUUGUUCUCUUAGUGAAUUUUUUUUUAAUCAACUUUGAACUUAGCUUUGCUGAUUGCUAUUUGUGGAAAAGAUUUACAGUACAUGUCUGGGUGCCUAAAUAUUUAAAGACAUUAUGUUGCCUGCUGACAAUUUAAUGGGAUUAAUUAUGUGAUAUUCUGUCCCGUCAGUACUAAAUAUCCAAAUCAGUGCUGGCUAGUUUUGCUGUAAGGAGCUCAGGUUGUGUAAAAUCAUUGUCUGAGGGCGAGAGAGGCACAGUGCCAUGUGGCUCGUAAUGGGCUAAUUAAGGUGCUUCAGCCUUAGGAGAGGCUCCAUUACAUUUUCACUUUUGUGUCCAUUACUUUUUAAUUCAGUAGUUCACAGUAUGACAAAUUCUGAUUCAUUCUUUCCUCAGAUUCCUUGUUUCCAAAGAUGUUUUUAUACAGGAAUUUCAGUGGGUUUAGCACAAGGAGUGAUGACUUUAUGGUGUUUUUAAUCCAGCAAUGUGCAUCACACAUACUCACACAUCUCUAAAGUUUAUGAAAAUACAUCUGACAGUAUUUGUUUCAUGUGUUUUUAUGAGCACAAGGAAAAGAAAAAGCCUGGGCUGAGAAUUUCAGUUUGUGAGAAAACUGUUAAAUGGAGAUGUGAUUAAAACCAGUAACAGUCUUAAGCUGUAUGUUAUAGUGUGUUAACAGUGCUUGUGAUCUAUUAUUUGGUAAUAACUACAUGCAAUUUCCCAGAAACUUGAAGCGAUGAGAUUUAAAUAUACAGUAAAGAGGCAGAAAGGGAAAUAGCUUAGUUAUCUUACCACUUGUCUAAGUGAAUAUUAUAUGGUCAUUUGACUGCUAUACAGGUCUCUUAUUCAUUUAAAUUAUAAACAUAUCACUGUUUAGAGUUUGGAGAGAGAUGGUGUAAAUCUGUAACAGAACAAUACUUGUAUAAGUUUUGCAUUUUCUUUUAUGUCCAAUCACCAAAAUAUUCUCUCUUCCAUGACCUAAACAAAUAUGUUCUGUUGUUUUCUUAUCAUUUAAGCUUGUGAUUGAUGUUUUAUAUUUGUCUAGUGCUCAGAUUAUUCAUUUUUUCUGAUUCAUUAAAUCCCUUUUUCUUUUUACUGCCUAUAGUUUUAAACCAGUGUAAAAUAAAGACACAUGUCAUAGUGAGUCUGCUAGAACAGAAGUGGACCUCACUAUGUAUUAUAGCUCCUCUUUGCCAUCAUUGUGUGAGAUCUGAGCCUUACCCACAAAUCUCAUGCUUUACUUUGGCUUCACUAGAAGGUGAUGUACCGCAGGGCAGCCUGCCGGGUGCCUCACACACAGUCAUUGGAACAACUUGCUCUGUAGUGGUUCGUGUUUGUGUAUUUAAUCUAAGUGCAAACGCUGUCCUGUAUGUGCUGCACAUAAGCAGCGUUAUGUCAUGGAGCAAAUGAAAUGUGUGGCAUUGUGCAAAUGAAGGAAUACUGUAACGUCCCACCACAAUAAAGGGCUUUGGUGGUGAAGGGUGGUGUGUGUCCU